UCAUCAUGACUCGAAAGACCCCUGCUGUCCAAAAAGUGCCUGAGUAAUACACGACAGUAUUACUUGCUUCUUGUGCUUAGGGUGGUCAUGUAUUAUUAAAUAUUAUCUGGCGUUUCGUAUAAUUCUCGACUUUAGCCAAAGGGUACAAUGUAUCACAAUAGCUCACAGAAAAAAUUUUGGACAUUUGAAAAUGAAGAAUGUUUAGAGAAACUUAGGUUUCAAGCCAAUCAGAAGUUUCGUGCAAAAGUUCUUGGUAGUGGAAAGGAAUUGACAGGAUUGGAUGAAUCCUCAUUUUUGAAUCCUUUCGAGGAAGAUGUGCUUUUCAGACACUAUGAAAGGAGACUUCUCGAAUUCUGUGCUAAUUUCAAGCCUGUGAUGCCAAAAUCUGUUGUGGGUACAGCAGCUAUGUAUUUUAGAAGAUUUUACUUGCAUAACUCAGUAAUGGAGUACCAUCCCAGGAUUAUUAUGCUUACCUGUGCAUACCUGGCCUGCAAAGUAGAUGAGUUUAAUGUGUCGAGCAGCCAGUUCGUUGGAAAUCUGCCGGAGACAGCUGCAGGACAGGAAAAAGCUCUGGAACAGAUCCUUGAGUAUGAACUACUACUCAUCCAGCAGCUAAAUUUCCACCUGGUGGUGCACAACCCCUACCGACCUCUAGAGGGUUUCCUCAUUGACCUCAAGACAAGAUAUACGACACUGGAGAACCCAGAGAUGCUAAGGAAAACCGCUGAUGAUUUUCUUAACCGUGCUACUAUGACAGAUGCGGGUCUUCUCUGCUCUCCGUCACAGAUUGCUUUGACCGCUGUGCUGAAUAGUGCUUCUCGGGCUGGCAUUAGCAUGGAAAGUUACCUGACAGAAUGCUUGGGUUUGAAAGAAGACAAGGAAACCCUGUGCAAGAUGAUUGACUUAAUGAGACGAAUAAAAAAUCUCUUAAAGAAAUAUGAGCUUCCCAACUCAGACGAGGUCAAUAUGUACAAACAGAAGCUUGAAAGAAUACAUGCUGAAUUCGUCAACACAAUUCCGAAACGGAAAAGAGGAUAUGAAGAUGAUGAUCAUGUCACAAAAGAGCAUCCUGUUGCAGAGGAGGAGGAAUGGACUGAUGAGGAUUUAGAGUACUUGAUGACAUGAUCGGGAGCCGUCUCUGGGAACACUGACAUUUAACAUAUUGGUGUAUUACCUCAGUCUUUCCAAUACUGCGCAGUAGCAGCUACAUCAGGUGACAGAAUUGCCCUGUGUACAUUUGGAAUAUUUUUGAGAAAUAAAGUUUUUGUACAUUUCAAUUUGUACAUAUGUCAUAAUUCCAGUCCUUGAGGGCCAGAAUCCAACACAGUUUGCAGAUUUCCCUGAUCGGACACAUAUUGCUGGUACUUAACCUGAUAACUGGCUGAUUUAAGAUGUAAGCAAACUGUUGCAAACUGGCCCACCAGCACUGGAACUGGGGAACCCUGAUAAAAAAUGUUUUCAUUCUACUGAAUAAGAUUAUUGGAAUCAUAGCAACCCUGAGAUUUAUGGUCAAACAUGUAUUGGCUGAAAAACCAUUUAAAUGAACAUAAUAGUUCUAAAUUUAUAGGCAAUGUUAAAUACAUUGGUUAAUUGGUUUUCUCUUUCAAACCUGACUUCAAAAUACUAGGGAUCAUUAAUUUUAAAUACAUGUAAUGUUGCAUAUGGUUAUACUAAAGUUUGUAUUACCUGAACUAUUAAUAAAACUCCAACAAUGUAACUUACAAA